ACACACCCACUCGUUUGGCUAUUCUGCAUCUUUUGAAUCUCUACACAUUCGUUCUUUCAUUCAGUGUACUCUUCGAGCCUACCGCCAACCAAGACAAUUAAAAAUGGCCAAAACGUCUUUACCAGUUAAAAUGGAGAUUGAUUUAACUACUCAAGUUGCUGAAGCCGCAAAUAUUGACCGAAACCUUGUCAGUCGUGUUAUUCCAAUGUUUGAAGAUGGUUAUACUGUACCAUUUAUUGCACGUUAUCGUAAGGAAAUCACUGGUGGUGUAGAACCGACAGUGUUGCAUAGGCUGAAAGAAAAAAUGAAUGAUUGCAAAAUGUUGAUUGACAAAAUAGAAAAGUCGAUGGAACUCUUCAAUAAAAGUGGUCUACUUACCGAUGAAUUAUCACAACAGUUAAUGCGAUGUAAAACCGCUGAAGAUAUAAAACUGCUAACAGAUCCAUUGAAGCCUAAAGGUCCACGUACAUUGGCUGGUAAAGCAAAAGCUGCCGACUUAGAGCCUAUUGCUCUUGAUAUCCUCUAUUCUUAUAAAUUUGUUGAUAUUUACAGUCGAGCUUCUUCAGAAGCUAAAAAGACAUUCCAGUCGAAAUCAGCACUUGAAGAUGCUGUACGUCAUAUAAUUGCUGAUAUAUUUGCUAAAGAUUUAGAUAUAAUACGGAAAGCUGAAGAAUUAUGUUCAAGGUAUCCUGCAACACUUAUAACCUCACAAAAGUUGAAACGUGAUAAACAGGCACCUGACGGAGAGAAUAAUAUUAAUAAUAACAACAAGGAUUUUAUUGACGGUGAUGAUGAGUGUUCAUUGAAUGGUCAAAAUUCAUCAAUGAAUCCUAACAACAAUAAUAAUCAUAAACCUAAAGAUGAUUUAAUUACAUUUAAAAAUUAUCUAAAUUUUUCUCGUUCAGUUUCAUCUAUUCUAGCACAUCAAGUGUUAGCUAUUAAUCGUGCAAGUGAAAGAGGCGUAAUCACUGUAAAGGUUAAUUUAUCCCCUCAAGUCCAACAACAAUGUAGAACAUUUGUAUCUCAGAAAUACUUAUCCACUGUGAAUCGUGGUCAUUGGGAUUAUGUUCUGCAAGCGUUUGAUGAUGCAUGGAAACGUUUGAUUGAUCCACAUUUAGUGCGUAGUAUUCGAGCUAAAUUAUCAACUUCAGCGCAAGAUUCAUCCCUUGAAGUAUUUACAGAAAAUCUUCGCCGUCUGUUGAUGACCGCUCCACUACGUAUCCCGACUACUGUAAAUCAAACAACAACAACAACAUCAACGAAGUAUGAAGAUGACUUAGGCAUGAUUUCUUCGGCAUCUGGUGCACCAGGUGAUCGUCUGCCUGUUGUCGGUUUGGAUCCAGGUUGGCGAAAUGGAUGUAAAUGGGCCGCGUGUGAUCCGCAUGGGAAUGUGUUAGCCACAGGUAUAUUAUGGCCACCUCACACGUAUUCAGCUAUUCCAGUGAAACAGUUGAAUGCUCGCAAUGGACCAAGAGAGAAUAAUGGUUUGGCGGCAUUAACAGCUGUUAUGCAGCGUAAUCAUAUUGAAACUGUUGCUCUCGGCAAUGGACAAGGCAGUCGACAAACUGGUUCAUGGUUAUCCCAUUUAAUACAAAUUGACCACUUCAAACCAUUAAAUAUUCGUUAUGCUGUUGUCAGUGAAUCUGGUGCCUCUUAUUAUAGUGCUUCAGAGUUGGCCUGUAAAGAAUUACCAAAUUUAGAUGUGAGCUUCAGGGGGGCUGUGUCAAUCGCUAGACGAUUACAAGAUCCACUAGCUGAAUUAGUGAAACUUGAACCAAAACAUUUAGGCGUAGGUAUGUAUCAACAUGAUAUUCCAGAACGUCGAUUAGUCGGUGCUGUUCAUGAUGUUAUGGAAGAGUGUAUUAGUUUUGUUGGUGUUGAUUUGAAUGCUGUCCCCCUGCAUAUUCUGUCUCAUGUAGCUGGUUUGUCUGAGGCGAAAGCAAAAGCAAUUUUAGCCUAUCGGUGUCAAGUUGGAUCAUUUCGUUCGAGAGCUGAUCUUCUCAAGGUUAAAGGUAUUGGACAGUCAACUUUUGCUCAAUGUGCUGGUUUUGUUCGAGUGAAACCCACAUAUUCAACAACUACUUUAGAUGGUACAAAGGAUGUUGAAAUGAUUUCCAUUUCUGAUGAUGAUGUUGACGACAGAGGUAAUAACAAUAAUUAUGGUGGAGUUGGCGUUGGAGGUAAGCGUAAACGUGGUACUGAAUCAAUUGGGAAACGUGUUAGUAAAAAGCCACGCUUAAAGCCGUCAUCAUCUGUCAAUAAUGAUCAGUCUGGUGUAAAUUGUUUCAAUCCCUUGGAUCAGACAGCUGUUCAUCCGGAUACAUAUGAUAUUGCAACAAAUAUCAUUUCAAUGCUUCACUGUCAACUGACAGAUGUUGGAUCAGCAAAGUUGAGAGCAGCUGCAACUCAAUUUAUGCUUAGUGAUGAUCGAGAUAAACGUCUUGAAUUAUUCUGCACUAAAACUGUUGGAUUGGAUACAUUACGUGAUAUUGUGGAAGCACUUACACGUCCUUUGGAUUUUGAUGAACGGCAAGAAAUAUUUUCAACUACUGAUAAGUAUAUAUAAGUAGGCAAUAUGUUUUCUCGUCAGGAAUCAGCUCGUUGGUAUUGAUGCAACCUCUCAAAUAAGUGAAGUGGUCAACACGCUCAACAAUCAAUUUUUGAGUCGGUGAAGUCAACAGUUAGGGGCAGUUCCAUUAGUACACGUGUGGUGAAAUUAAAUAGAAGUUGGGGCAGUGGGCAUCCCUGAGGGACACCACACUAGGAGUCACCACUUCAGAUGACAACUCGUCAUAAGCUCUUACCUGGCUGGCUGCAUGAGUUCGGGUAUAGUGCCUUGACCAGCGCAAUGUAUUUUCUCGGCAUUCUCUUCACAGCUAAACGUCACCAUAGUAAUUCCCAUUCGACAGAAUCUAACGCCUCUUUCAGCUCAAGAAAUAUAAUGAUUAUUGGUAGCCGACGGUGAGUUUGCCUAUGUUCCAGAAUCUGUCGAAGGAUGGGUGAACAUACUAACAUAAUACACCCUCUUCCUGGUCUAAAGCCUAACUGAUUUUUUCUGGGGUGUGUAUCCCUUGAGUACCACCUAUACGACGCAUUAUUAUUAUUGGAGCCUAGGACUUUAGAUCAAGGUAAUUCCUCGGUGAGUGUUCACAGGAUGACUUUUCUCCCUUCUUGUCAACUACAUAAUGUUUUUUUCCUUCACGUUCCCAGUGGAACAUAGGGCCUCAAGCUAGUGGCUUGAAGUUUCUGUAGCAGUGUUGCUAGCCUCAUGUCACCUAACCUUCCCUCUUUACCAGUCUUACUACUGGCUUAGCGAGGUAAGGUAAAGGAGUGCGUCGGUGACCGGGGAUUGAACCUCUGUGCUACUGACGCACCAAACUACAUAAUGUGGGUGUAGGAAUUUCUUCACCCAAAUAUCUUCAACCACCUAAGAGACCUUUAUCUCUGUUUAACAUUCGCAGAUGUUUUCUUUCAGAACCUUUUUAGUGAUUGUUCACUCACAAGCUGUUUAAAUUUCGUUCUCUCAACUAAUCGUACAUGUUUGUGUUUGUUGUUUUCUUUCUUUCAUGCACCUUUUAUUUACAGAUUGUUUCACACCAUUAUUUCACUCAUCUGUCAUGAAAAUAUCAGAUCUACGCAAAGGUAUGCUAGUCAGUGGUCGAAUAGAAAAUGUGACAACAUUUGGUGCAUUCUGUGAUAUCGGAGUGGAGGAGAAUGCCUAUAUUCCACGACAUGCAUAUCCUCGAGGUGGGAGUGGCGGCGGUGACAUGGUGAAACCGUCCAAAUUACUAUCUACUGGUUGCGGUACUAGCGAAGCACAAACUAUGUUCACUUUACGUUUAGGCGAUCGAAUUAAAGCCACAGUAGCUAGUGUGGAUGCAAGGCAUCAUAGGAUAUCAUUAGAAAAGGUGACUAUUAUGCGGAAUAAGGAAUGAAUUAAUGAAUGCAUGAACUGUGUUGUAUAAAGCGUUGAAUGAUGUCCCUACUGUUUCGACAACUUAUUCGUGUUAUUGUAUAUUUCUUUUUUUUUCUAUUUUUGUUAGAGCCUUUUUAACGCUAUUUUUAUUCAGAAUCAUUGGUAUUUUUCUGUAAAAGAAAACAAUGAACCUAUUUUUGUAUUGAAGAGAUUUUGUUGUG